UGGAAGCGCCUCCUGGAGACGACCAAGAAGGUGGUCUCCGCCGCGCCCAAGUUAGCCCCUGCGGCGCCGAAGCUCGCCACACGGAAGCGCCCCUCGUGCACCCGCCGCCCCGACGUCUCUCCGGCCACCAAGGUCACCCAAGAAGCCCUCCUCCGCCUAGAGCAGGCCACCGUAUCCAAGAAUACCACCUUGCCCUCCGCCCUCCCCCACGCCCUCGCCAACGAUGGGGAGGACGAGGACAACUCCCGCGAUUUCACCACGGAGAUUCUGUCCAUCUUAAACGGGCCAGAAGACACGGAAGAGUCGGGGGACACGGAGGCGGCCACAGAGGAGUCUGAAGACGCCGAGGAUGUUAUCAGCAACAAGAUACUGGAGAUGGAGUGGUUUGCGGGGUCACAGCCGAGUAACACGUCGACGCAAUAUCGGAAGGAGGUUGCGAGGGAGAAGAAGAAGCGCUACAUCUUCAAGAACACUGAGACCCGCCGCUUCACGAGGCUGAUGCGCAUGUGCGCCGACAAGCUUGGCACGGAGUCUGCGCUCGAGUUCUUCGGGAGGCUGGGUAGGGAAACCGGGAUCAAGGAGUUCAAUGCAUUGAUUAGGGUGUGUUUGGACAAGGCGAGGGAUUGCGAGGAUAUUGACUCAGCGGUGGAACAUAUUUUCCGCGCAUAUCGCCUUUUUGAGUUGAUGAAAGAUAGGGGGUUUCAGAUUGAGGAAGAUAGUUAUGGGCCAUUCUUGUUGUAUCUGGUGGAUGUGGAGUUGUUGGAGGAAUUUGAGAUGUUCAGUGCAUUUUUUAAGGAUGCGAAUCCACGGUGCUACUCCAGGAUAGCUUAUUAUGAGAUGUUGCUUUUGAUUAGAGCUCAGGAUGAAGAAAGCAUUCAGGAACUUUGUUGCUCUGUUGAAGACUGCAAUGAGGAAGCUCAUUAUGGCAUUGCAGAAAGCUAUAUGCUCGCCUUUGCUGAAAGCAACAGAAGGGUGGACUUUGUCAGGUUCUUGGAGUUACUUGACAAAGAACAACUUUCAGGCUCAAAGUACAUAUCUAGUAUAUUCAAGUAUAUGGGUAGGUUCGAACUGGAGAACUAUGCUGACAAACUUCUUCAGGAAAUGACGUCAAAAGAGUGUGCUGAUGGAAAAGUUUCAUCCUUAACUUUUGACUAUGCUGCAAACGUACCAAAUAUAGCGGCUGAAGAUGUGAUAUUAACAUUUAACAAAUGGCAAGAGAAGUAUGAGCUAGCACCUUCUGUUGGUGCAUAUGACAGGAUCAUUUCCUUCUGUUGCAGUUCAUCAAAGAUUAGCUUAGCUCUUGACGUGGCUGAGUGCCUUUGUAAAUCCAAUCCCAGUGUGCCCAUUGAAUUGCUUAAUCCAAUAAUACAAGCCUGUGAGGAAAGCUUUGAGCUUCAUUUGGCUCGGUCCUUAUAUGAUCUGAUGAGUCGCCACAAGUUGAAAUUGAAAAACGAAACAUUCAGGAGCAUGAUAAGUUUACGUGUAAAGAUGAAAGAUUUUCAAGGCGCUUACGAUAUACUCACAGAUGCAGAAGAAUCUGGGGAGACAUCUACCGUAACCCUGUAUAACAUUAUUAUGGCUGGAUAUUUUAGGGAGAAAAAUCACAAUGGAGCACAAAGGGUCAUUGCACAAAUGCAGAGUGCUGGAGUAAAACCAGACUCUGAAACAUUCAGUUAUUUGAUUUUGAACUGCGAUUCUGAAGAGAAAGUAUCAAAGUAUCUUGAUGAACUACGACAAGAUGGUAUUCAAAUGACCAAGCAUGCAUAUAUGGCACUCGUUAAUGCAUAUUCAAGACUUGGGAAUUUUGACAUGGCCAAACAGGUUGUCCUGGAUAACGAGAUAUCACCUAAGUACCUCAGUGAAGUGAAAAGCGCGCUUGUAGGUGCGCUUGCAUCAAAUGGGAAGGUAUCAGAUGGACUUAACAUAUUUGAUGAAAUUAAGCAAUCCGGAGGCUGCCUCGAACCAAAGGCUGCAGUAGCCCUGAUUGAGCAUACUCAAACAGAAGGGGAGUUAGAUAGACUGUAUCAACUUCUGGAGGAGCUGAGCGAGCCAAACAUGUGGUUUGAUGGGUGCAGCAGAGUGCUUCAAUACUGUGUUCAGCACAAUCACUCUGAUGCCGCUGUUGAUUUACUUAGGCAGCUCAAGGAAAGAAGUGAAAUGAGUACGUACAUGGUUGUUGAUCAGGUCUUUUGCCAAAUAUGGGAAAUGGAGCCUGUAAAUUUGGAUCUUGGAAUGGAGCUUCUCCGUGCUGUCAAAGAACUCGGGCUUAAUGUUUCUCGGACAAGCCUUGAUUUUCUUCUCAGCACUUGUGUAAAGGCAAAGGAUUCAGAACAUGCUCAGCAGAUCUGGACAGAAUACGAAUCUUCUGGCCUUCCACACAACGUGCUGACUUCCUUGAGGAUGUACCAGGCUCUUUUUUCAUCCGGGCAACGGCAGGCUGCUCGGAAGUUAUUGAACACAGUACCAAAGGAUGAUCCUCAUGUACGUUUCAUAGUACAUUCUUGCAGAACGACAUAUAAACAGGGCCGUAAAAAAUCUUCUAGGAAGACGGGAGAUAGAAUAUGAUGAGACCAAAGCACCAGUGGCGAAGAUGGACUCGGUGAGAACCUUAAUCGCUGUCAAUUGGGCCUAGUCCAGGGAAAAAAGCUGCUGCUAAGGAACCUAACAUGGCAAUGUUUAAGAAAAUUGUACGCUGGACCUAGAGAAAGAAAGAAAGGAGCACCCCCGCACAUACACACACCAGAUAAGAUGAAUGGUCCAAACAAAUGCAUGCCUGUGAUGUUCUAGGAUAUGCUUUAUGAUUGGUACAGCUAUACACUGCCUAAUUGAAGAUAUGCAGGCAAUGCCAUGGGAGCUCAGAUAUGCUGAAAAUGAGAGGCUCAUUUAUGUCCCUGGUUAAAAAGAAUAAUGAACCAACAAGCUUACGAUGCAAGACAGUUUGGCAUGUACUAGCCUAUUUGUACUCUCGGUCUCCAUAAAAAAGUGCUUUCGUGUUCAUAGUCAUUUUUCCCUUCCAUUUUUUGCGUUAUUAAAGGUUGCAGAAUAAUGAAUAUAUGUAGAACAAAACAGGGUGUACACUAGUUGAGCUGUCUUACCAGCCUAAACCCAGCAA